UUGCAUUCCGUUCGUUAGUGCUCGGACCUUUACCUAGUUACGAAGUUUCCCUGGACUCAUCUGUUCUUAUCGUUGACAUACGUCUCCGAAUUUGUUGUGUCUCGUGACUGUCAUCAUCUUCAUCAAGUUCAAGUAACGCAUCAAGUCACCAUGAGCCCUCCCAACUACACAUUGAAGGUGAUUGUGUGCGUCCAUUUCAUCCUCUUGAUGUGGGCGACACAGUUUGCAAUGGUUGCCUUUCUACCCCCCGUCUACUGGCUGAGCAAUAUCUUUGUCCUGCUGCUAGGAGUGUGGGGUAUAGCCUGUCCUGAGUCGUAUGAUGCCAUACUGAUGUACUUAAUCCUGCAUGUGUUCACUAUCCUAGAAGACAUCAUACUUCUUGGGAUCCACCAACCAAGAACCAGAGAUAGUGUAGAAAUUAAUGGGGUGCGACAAGGUAUUAAGGAUGAGUACAGAUUCAGCUUAGGUAUGGCCAUCACAAACUUAAUCCUGAAGCCCUUCACCGCUUUCCUGCUGUGGAGAAUCUACCAGGACCGAGGAGGCCGAUUCUCUGAUUUCCACUUCCCCCAGUUUGGAGGAAGCCCAUCUCACCAGGGUAACUACGAGAAUAUCGACCAGCCUGUCCCAUCCAACAAUGUGGAGACCGCUUCAUCUGCCAUAGACAAACCACACCCGUAGACAACCCACACCCCAAGACAAACCACACCCGUAGACAAACCACACCCGUAGACAAACCAUAUCUGUUAUCCUUCACUGAUGAAUAUACAGAACACUGAAUCUGUCCCUGUAUGCUGUUCCAUUGACAUCACCAUUGUAAUGUUCUAGUCACCAGUUACUGCUCUUUGUAGUCACUAACCAGUAACUGUCUUUUCCGUUUAUUUAGUAUUCCUAACUAACAUUCCAUGUUCCCCGAUAAAUGAGAAGCUUAUGUCUGUGUACCUUGUGAUUAUGGUGUGAUUUUCACCCAUUUUUAAAAUUUUUUUAAAAUGUAUUGCUUUUUUAAGUACUUAUUAUCAUUCCAAAAGAAAACAUUUCAUAAUGACAAUGCAUACAUAAACUAAAAUAACAACUUACAAUGUUUGUUUUUUUUAUUGUACAGAAUUGUCAUUGUUUUAUAUUCCAAACAAGAUUUUGAACUGUUCUUCUUUUUAAACAAGACACUUGUCACAUGUACCAAUGUCUUACAAUGUUAAAGUUCACAGGUGAACUCUAAUAUUAUUGUUAUUUUUUACAUGACUAUAUUCUAUAGACUAUAUUAAUAUCUUCUAUAUACUAAAAAGUUAUUUUCUAAAAGUUUUUUUGAGGUAAUAAAUUCAGGAUAACCACCAGAUAAAUGCAUAAUCUUUUAAAUUAUUUUUAGGGUAAUUCGGUUUUUUGUAAACAUUGUCUUUUCUGAGUUGUGAGAUAUUCGAGUUAGAAUGUGUGCUUUUAAAUUUUCUAGAUGUCAUUGAAAAGUUGUUAGUGCAAUAAUGUGUUGAACCUAUGAGAAUAUCAAGUGCACAUACCAGUAAACUAAGAUGUCUGUGUUCCCAGUUCAUGCUCUCCAUUAUACCGUAUAUACCGGUAGAUGUGUUAGAUAGCUGUAGUUUAUAUAAUUCUGAGUGUCUGUGAUGCAUGUACUGAUGCUUGUGUUACUUCUCCAACUGUCGAUUACACUCUUCGAGGUUUGUGUGCAAAGUGUGAGAAAAUGAUUGCUUCGGAGUUUAUCUUGAAUGUGCAAUAUGAGUUGUUAAUAUUUAGCCUUUGAUAUAUGAAUUAUGUUUUUAUUCAUUUAACCUGAAUUUUUACAAAAUUAAAUCUUCUACAUUCCA